UAGUGAGGUUUUUCGGGAUUAAGGUUAGUUAAGAGAAUAUAGCAGUAUAGAUAUGGCAUGACCGGCCUCACAUUCCAGUACAGUAGGCGGCGGUGUAUGCACCUGUCAAUUGGUUGCGAUUCGCCUUUUUAGUGUUGCUUAACGAGACGCUGUUUUUUUGUUCCAGUGCUAGCAACCAGGGUCCGUUCAUAUAUAGCUCAGUGCUAGCAAGCUCGUAAUUCAGGUAACUAGCAAACUAAAUUUGCAUUCCCUGAACAUGUCUAAAAUAGUGUUGUUCAGAGUGUUUCUCAACCAGCGAUUAACAGCGGCUGCUGGGGAGAUAUUCGGGGCAGUUGAACAAACGAUAGCACAGUACCAGGAAGAAUGUUCCCGUACAAAGGAGGAGAACGACCGUCUACAGAAACGGCUGGAUAUCGUAAUUAAACCUGAAAUUAAGGUACACCGAGCAGACAUCCAGCAGCUCAUUGUCUCUAAGGAAGAGGUUCCCCCUGAGCAGCAACACUGUGAGAAGGAAUGGAGCCCCAAUCUGGGGCAGGAGGUAAAAGAGGAACAGGAAGAACUCAGGACCAGUCAAGUGGAAGAGCAGCUUCAAGGGCUGGAGGAAGAGUUCAUAUUCUCUCCUGCCUUUGUGAAAAGUCACUAUGGUCAGGUUUCAAGUUGGAACUCACAUUUUCCCAGCACCUCAAAUGAACAGAUCAACACAGAAUCUGAUGGAGAGGACUACAGAUUAUUAGAACCAACCAGUGACUCCCAGACCCUCGCUGCAGUUAAUCUAGACUGUUCUGUAGCUAACUCCAUGGGUUCUCUAGUUUGUCAUAUGAAAAUGCAUGUGAAGGACGCAGACGAUAGUGGUGUGUGUGAAAAAAAACUUUGAUUCCACGGAGAGUAUGCAAGAUCACCUCCAAACUCAUAUUGACGCUAGGUUUUCUUGUGAUGUUUGUAGUAAAUGUUUUACUAUGAGUAGUAAACUGAAAAUGCAUAUGAGGUGCCACAGACGGAAUCUACUUCCAUGCCCUUUUUGUGGUAAAUAUUCCAACAGUGCAGCUAAUCUGAAAGUACACAUCAGGACCCACACAGGUGAGAAACCUUAUCAGUGCCGUGAUUGUGAGAAAUGUUUCAGCUGUAAAUCUAAUCUGAAAAAACACAUCAGAUGUCACACAGGGGAGAAACCGUAUCACUGUCCUGACUGUGGCAAAGGAUUUACUCAGAGUGCCCAUAUGGGUAUGCAUAUGAGGAUUCACACAGGGGAGAAACCGCAUAGCUGUAGUGUAUGUGGCAGGUCUUUUAGCAAUGGCCCUCAUCUUAAAGUGCACAUGAGGACCCAUACAGGUGAAAAACCAUAUAAUUGCAGUCUUUGUGAUAAAUGUUUUAGUAGUCAUUCUGGUCUGACAGUUCACACAAGGACUCACACAGGAGAGAAACCUUAUAUAUGUCCUUUAUGCAAAAAAGGCUUUACAUCAGCAAGUAAUUUAAAGGCCCACAAAAAGCGCCAUACUAAAAGUAAAAACCGUGUAGGUGUUAUGGUUGUGGCAAAUGCUUCACUACAAAGGAGUCCUAAUGAAGGCAUCAGUGGGAAUAAAUGAAAAUGCUUUGUGGGGGAAAACCGCAUCAUUGAGGACUGAGAGAGACAUUGUAGCUACAAUCUGUGAGAGGAGAUAUGCCUCAGUAUACUGCUCUUGGUUGAAUAAGAUGAGACUGAAUUAGUUUUUUAACUAGCGGAACAUUGUAAGAAGCCCACAUGUCAAACAGAGAUCAGUUAGUAGAUUUCUGAGCAACAGGAGUCACUGCCCAGUACCCAUCAUUAGGCAUAAUCUGAUAGCUCAGAAAAAAUCCUGCAUGCAUGGACCCAUCUGAUUCUGGGUGCUGUGUGUUGGUGUUGAAAUCUGCACAUUACUUUUUCAUUUAUAGUUCUACACGUAUUGUUCUUGUGGUCUAAAAAUGUACCCACUGUAUGUUAUACAUUUUUGUACUUAGCGCCUAGAGGUUGUUAUUGUCCAGAAGGUAUCACAGAAUAAAUGUCUGUUUACAUUCA